UGAUUUUCUCUCCCUUUCGCUUCCUCUUUGAACUAAUCCAGCGCUCUGUCAGAUAUCACGUCUCUUGAAUCGUCGCCGUUCGGUCACAAAAAUCAGCCGAUCGAUCAAUGGAAACCGACGAACCUUACAGCGGAGAUGACAUAUCCGGUUCAGAUUACGAUUCCGACGACAGCGAUCCGAGCUACGACAUCCUCGAAGAUGCUCACUCCAGGUUCUCCAACCUCUCAGUCAAGAAGAAAGGCAAACUCCGAGUUUGUGAGGAUUCAGAUUCUAGCGAUGAGGGGGACGCUAUUGAGGUUAUUGUUCCGGAGCUUGACGAGAAAGACCAGAAAAGUCUCGAGAUUGUUCAGAUACUCAUUGAAGAUGGGGAUGUAGAUAAACUCAAAGUAGACCAAUGUAAAGUUUACUUGAGGAAGAAUGGGCUAAGAUUGACCGGCACUAAGGAGACUCUAAUUAAGAGGAUAAAGGAGCACUUACAAAUUACAAAUGGUGGAGGUGAGAAGAAAUAUCCACCCUCUAGCUUUGUGAUAAACUGUAAAGGGGAUGCAUGCAUUGGUGAUGUGGUGAUGUUUCAACAGAAUGUUUAUUAUGAUCAGUUCAACCUUGCAUCACGGAGUGCUAGCGGUCCACCAAUUGGCAAGAGAAUUGUCACGGGUCGCAUUAUCAAGGAAAGCUAUGGUUCUGCUAAGCAACAACACACAUUCACAAUAGAAGUUCUUUGGAGCAAAGGAGAAAAGCCGCUGCCUCCUCUUCAUCCUUUGCUCAUUAAAGGUCGAAAUCUUUAUCGGUUCGACACUAUGAGACAGAGAUGGGAGGAUGAAGCAGAAAGACAAAAAAAUUUGAUGGAAAAGCACUCUAGAGGUUCUUUAGCAAGAUCUGAUAGGGAAGCACGACUACGGGAGAAAGAACGGAGGAAAGCAUUGAAAGCAGAAAGGUUAGCAAUGAAAAAGAAGGAAAAGGUUAAUUGUGCUCGGUCAGGUUCCACCUUCACAAUGAAAAAUAACACUAUUCGAGCUCCAAAAGCAGGUCCUUUUGUUACUAAUUCAGACCCAAGGAUUCCACCUAGAGCAUUAGGACUUGUCAGGAACCGAGCGGUACAUGCUCAUGGUCCUCAAGAUCUGGUUAUUCUGCAGCAUCCACAAGGAGGACAAGAUCAAAAUCAUCAUGCUGCCUGGAAGAAUCCUGGGAUCUCACAGAGCUUUCCUGGAAGAAAGGAAGUUUUGUGCCAUAACUAUUUGGGAAGCUCCACGCUCUGUCCCAGCAAUUCUACUCAUAUCCAGAACAGGGACAGGCACCCAUUGGCGAACGUGAACCAAUAUCCGAGGAUUGGAACACAGGGACGAGUAGAAGCACAUAAGAGGCAGUUGUGCCGACACUUCAACAAAGGAAGGUGCCACUUUGGAGAUAACUGCAAGUUCUUGCACGAGUAGUGAGGAGAGAAUGUGUGGAAAAGGCAAGAGAUGGUCGCCGAAUGGUCAAAGGAAGUCUGCAAAGUGGCUCUACAAGAGACAGGAAGUUAGCUGAUCGCAGUCCAUAGUUGUGCCCAGAAGCAGUUUUUCGUUCCUCAGGGGUUCGGUCGGUGAAAUCUUCAUGUAGGUAAAAGAUCUGUUCAUAAUGUGAUGAACAUGAACAUCGACUGCUGGGAGUGGUAUUUUUCUACUCCACAGCUUCGCUGUGAAAACACUUGUAGUCGGUCUUUUUGCAGAUAUUAGAUACUCGAAAUUUGGGAUACAUGAAAUCCCUGACAUGUUUGUGAGUUUGAUUUUCUGCUUAGAUUCUCAUUCCUAAUCAACUCCAUGGCGUUUCACAUG